CCCAGCGCAGAUUAACUGCGCUUUCCUGAGGGUGCCAGCAGACAGGCAGUCCUCACCCUGCCUUUGUCUCGCGCCCAGCGCUUCUCUUCGGCCCGAUCGUAAAUACUUCUGUCCGGAGGAGCCGCGGUCGUCUCUCCGCCGUAAACGCGCGCUCCUUACUUCAGGCACACCGCUGUAGUUGAGUUACAGCCGCAGAGCGAUGCGGCUAAAAUAGAACACCACUGCCUCGUGGGAGUUUGUAAGGGAGGGGGGUGGAAUCUCCUCCCAUUAAAGAGAAAAGGGCUGAGGAGCAGCGUGUUUGACUAGUGACGGCACUCGGCAGCCAAAAACCGGCUUAAAGACGGAAGAGAAAAGCCUGGGGUAGAGUAACGGCAGCUCAGGAAAGACCCAAAGAACGGGAGCGAGCCUGUCCAGUGGCUGGCUGCAGCUCAAUGAUGAGUGCGUGUGUGUGGUGAGCGGGCGAGCAGAGUUGCAGGGGACCAAGGUGUGGACUUCACCCCCUCCUCAUCCUCCCACACACACUCCCAAUACGGCAGGAGCCAUGCUGCGGCAGAUCCUGAAGGACAUGUACAUCGAGCCGGAGGUGCUGGGCGCCCUGAACGAGGAGCAGAAGAGGACGCUCUUCCUGAAGAUGCGGCAGGAGCAGGUCCGCCGCUGGAAGGAGCACGAGGAGAAGAUGGAGAGGGAGGAGCCCCACCAGCCCAAAGCCAAGACAGCUCACAGCAAGAACGUCAGCUGGCUCUUGGGCCGAGACGGUGACAUACAGGUGCUGGUCAUUGGAGAGUCGGACGAGUUCAAGGCCUCCAAGAUCAUCUGCUCAGGGUUCGGCGAGAGGAAAUCAGCUGGUCUUCUUAACCAUUCGUGUAACCAGGUCUCCGGUUUAAAGAGUAACCUUGUAAGCAGCGCGUCCACAGAGCAAUCGGGGAGGGAGAACCUCCCCCCUAAAACGCUGUCAGGGGUACAGCUUAAUCUGAAGGAGAACGGUGAAGAAAUGAGGACACAGCCCCCUCCACAGGUACUGGUGUAUGAACAGGUAUCGGUGUAUGAGCCUGCGGCACCUGUAGAAAGUGUCCGAGAAGCAGAGGGGGCCGCCGGAUUGGGCGACGACGCAGAACACUCUGCCCCUUCCUCCAUCGUCAGCUACCGGCCACACCUAAGGGCUAUGCCUAAGAUAUCCAGCGUCCUGCAAAGCCUCGCGCCCCGGGACAGGCAGGAGAAGGCCAACCCGCUGUCAGUCACAAGCAGGCUCCACCCAAACCAGCCGCCUGAUCCUAACACUGGCAAAGGGAGAGAUUUCCGUGUGACGGCCGCCUCCAAGCGGUCUCUGUCCGUGGAGGCGGAGUCCGAGUCCACGGUGGGCGGGGACAGCUGCUCGGGGCGGGGCCGCGUGGCCGAGCUGAUGAAGACCUUCAGCGUGACUUGUGACUCCACCCCCUCACAGACUCCUCCCAGGGCCAGCAAACCGCCAGUGCCCACCAAGCCGAGUCACCUGCAGCUCCGCCCCUCCCCUUUGCUCAGGUAAUGAGGCAGCGGGCGUGUCCUGCGUCGGAGCCCGGACGAAGCGGACGCCCGCAGGUCGUGCAGGUCGCGCAGGUCGCACAGCCACCUGUGUGCGGUGAGAGACUCUCUCUGGAACUACCCCACUGCUGCGAUUACACUGGGAGUGCGGCACGAUGAAGGGUGUUUGUGGUGGGGUGUUUUUGUUGUUGUUUUUGUUUUUAUUGUAGUGACAGUCUUCUUAGCAGGAGUGAGACACAUGCAUCAUGUUCUGAUUUUACUGGUUUUUUACACUUUUUUUCUGUCUUCUCUGUAUUCCUAGCGACCUUGUUGUCUUUAUUAUAUCACAGUUACAUUUUUUAAGUUGUUUUUACCAUUACAAUUUUUUUGUCUGGAAUUCCACACUUGUUUUUUUAUAUGACUCAGUUGUCUGUCACUGCUCUGGCCCUUCUCAGCCCUCUGCAGGAGCUGCUAAACGCUUUUCACAUUUCUGAAAAGAAGCAGUUAACAGGACUAAUGAGAGGAUACGUUUUGAUGGCUUAUUUGAAAGAAAACCAGGAAGUAGGCAUUUUCAGCCUGAAGGCGCAUUACAGUGGAAAACGCAUUUCUCCUCAAGCAAAUGAAAGAAAAUAGAAAAUAAUGUUUUUAGAUAAGAUUUCCCAUUAAAGCCAUUUCGCUCACGUGCUUCUCGAGCUGUUUAGGUCCUGUUUUUGCGCUGUAAUAUGCCGGGACAUUGACAGAAAUGUAAGCAAAAUAACUGCAUGAUUCUUCAGGUUAGUGACUACCGACUCUUCGAUGUAAGGUCAGAGUGUGAUUGUGCGCAUGGCAUGUCGCCUUUGACCUCUUCAAGCGGCUUUAUGGGAAAUGAAGUGUUGGGGAUACAGCUCCGUUGGCCUCCAGUCAGAGAGCAUGCCUUCUUCAGAAAGCCGGGUAGGGGGUGACUCACUAGGGCUGAGAGACAUUUCUGUGCGACGGCUCAGACGAUGCCAGUAGUCCUGUAUGGACCGCCAAGUCUAGAGCCCUCCUAAAGAGGGCAGGGGUCAUGUGGGGGUCAGGGGUCACUGUCCAUUACAGCUGAGAUGCAUCCUUUGCGAUGCAUCCUCAGCCCGGAGGUUUGAAUGAGCAUUUGGGCAGAUGUGCCGCUAAUCACCUAGACUGGAAACCUCGGCCAAGGCGCCUUAAAGUCCUUCCUUAAAAUCCCAAAAGGGCUUCCGCUGGUGUCCUGCCGUUCAACACGUAAUGGGUUCCCAUCCGGGGCCGACACGGAUGUUAAAAGCCCUGAAAGGGAGACUGUGUGAUUAUUUCACAAACACAAGGUUACGGUAAUCUUCAAAAACACAAGGCUACGGUCAUCUAAAAAAACACAAGGUUACGGUCAUUUUCACAAACACAAGGUUACGGUCAUCUUCACAAACACAAAGGUAUGUUCAUCUUCACAAACACAAGGUUACGGUCAUCUUCACAAACACAAAGCUACGUUCAUCUUUACAAACACAAGGUUACGGUCAUCUUCACAAACACAAGGUUACGGUUAUCUUCACAAACACAAGGAUGCGGUCAUCUUCCAAAAACACAAGGUUACAGUCAUCUUCACAAACACAAGGUUAUGGUCAUCUUCACAAACACAAAGCUACGUUCAUCUUCACAAACACAAAGUUACAGUCAUCUUCUCAAACACAAGGUUACGGUCAUCUUCACAAACAAGGCUACAGUCAUCUUUACAAACACAAUGGUCCGGUCAUCUCCGCAAACACAAGGCUACGGUCAUCUCUGCAAACACAAGGUUACGGUCAUCUUCACAAACACAAGGUUGCAGUUUCAAAUUCUUGCACCCAGUCAAUAGACACCUUGUGUGCAUGAUGACAUCAAGAUAUUACGACAAGUCCCCACUUUUGGGUCAAGGUUUAGAGAAUGCCUCCACGCUGUAGACCAUUUAUAGAUGGCUUUUCCUCAGCCUCUGAAAGGGUUCUUCCUGACACCAAAAACAAUUCCCCUGUGAGUCUACCUGAAGCUUUUUUUAAGACAGCAAGGGCAGGAUUCUUCCGUGUUUACUUCUCUUCUGUUCUUUGCAAUCCUGUCUGACUAUACAAAGUGAACUUCUACUUAAGGGAGCAUAGCUCCUCCUCUUCCAGCUUUUGUAAUCUAAUUAUUGGCCAGUCAGAUGUCAAUCACCUUUGAUAGUGGGUUUUUUCCAAUGUUCUGUAAACAGUUUUCAGUGUUCGGGGUGUAAUAUUUGGUUACAAUUUUUGGUUCUCCUGUGUUGCAUUGCGUCAUUGAGGGAGGUGUUGUAUAUGGUGUCUCCAUAUAGGCUGACAACUUGUGUCCAUGGCACAUGUGUGGAUGAGUGUGGGCUGACGUCUGCGUGUGGAAUGGUCACAGUUCUGCAAUAAAAACAAGCCAAAUCC